UUGCCAUAGCUACAAAAGCUAUUGGUGAUAUGCCUCCGCGACUUCAGCGUUUCUUUCUGCGUUUGUUCACCUAUGACUUUGAUCUUCACUUCGUGCCAGGCAAACAGCUGCUCCUGGCGGACAUGCUGUCAAGGGCGUCACCAACUGCCGCAGGGGAUACCGAUGGAUUCAACGAGGACGUGGAAGUCCAUGCAACAAGAAUUGUGUCCGAGUUGGUACGACUUCCAGCAUGUGACGUCUAGCCCCAGAUUUCCUCAGUCUAACGGUCUCGCUGAGAAAGGCGUUCAAAUUGUAAAACGAAUCAUGAAGAAGACGGCGGAAACGAAACAGGACUUCUGGCUUGGGCUACUCAGCUACCGUUCGUCACCCCUCGAAGAUGGUCGUUCACCGGGUGAGCUCCUCCAAGGCAGACGCCUGCGCACGAGACUUCCAGACUUCAGCCACCACUCAAGCGUUUCCGUGACUAAACACAAACAGCCCGAAGCUCGUGGCAGAUGCUUGCCAGCACUCAAGAAAGGCGAAGUCGUGCGGGUCCAAGACAAGGCAUGGACCAGGAAGGCGCAAGUGCUAGGACGAGUCGCACCAAGAUCUUACGAGGUAGCCACAGAGGACGGCAGACGGUUACGACGUAACCGGCGUCACCUACUGCGGACACGUGAGCAGUAUCGUGAACAAGUCGAAAGUGAGUCUUCAUCGAGCGAUGAAAGUGAUGGUCCCACCGAGCCAGAACGGCCUCAGCGUGAGCACAGCGAGGAACGUCAAAGCCCCAGUAACAGAUCUCCCAUGGAACAGCCGCCGGUUUCGGUUCCUCAGCAAGACGUACUUCCUCAGCUACGCAGAUCUGGGCGGCAGACACGACCACCGGAUCGACUACGCUACGAUAAUAACUUUAAUCAAAUAACUUAAGUUGUUUUCUUUACCCGCAGGAAGAUGUAUCGAGCAAUGCUUGUAAGCCAUGCGUGCGCAUGCGCCACUGCCAGUGAAACUAACCAUAGAUAAAGACCACAGGUUGUUAUCAUACAGC